CUUCAUUGUUGGAGAAGAAGUGACGCCCCGCUUCUCCACGGCAAAGGAUCAAAAACCCCCUCGGACCAGCAAGACCCCCAGUUCCUUUUUUUCUCAUGGAAAUCAGACCCUGCCUCCCGGUCACACUGCUUCUGCAGCGAUGCAAAGUUGAAGAGCAUUCCCAGGCGGGACAGCAGAUUAUGAUGAUGUUGAUGAUGAUGUCUUGGACGAGCUGAUCGUCACGUUCUCAUUUUUCGGUGAACGCCGGUGUUGCUUGCAGCUCUUGAGUCGCGUAACUGUAUUCUCAACAUGCUACGUUUGGCGCAACCCGUGGUUUUCUGUGCGCUCCUGUGCUCCGUCUGCGCGUCCUGUCCUCCACGUUGCGAGUGUUCAGAAGCGGCACAUACCGUCAAGUGCGUCUCCAAAGAUCUGCGGAGUAUCCCGUCCGGGAUCCCCGGAUACACCAGGAAUCUCUUCAUAACAGGGAAUCAAAUAAGUCGAAUCGGACCGGAGUGUUUCAAAGGACUGGAUAAUGUCACCACCCUGUCUCUGAGUAAUAACAGGAUUUCAGAUGUGGAGUCCCAUACCUUCACCAGUCUACGCAGCCUCCGCUCUCUGGAUCUGAGCAACAACCAGCUGGCUGUCAUUCACCCGGAGGCCUUCACCAUCCAGAACCAGUCUCUGCGGGAGCUCAACCUGAGCCGAGCCCUGUACAACCACUCCUCGGUGAUGGACCUGGCCACCUCUCUCCGCUGGAGCUCCCUCGGGACCCUGCAGGGCCUGGACCUGUCUGGCAACAGCCUUAUCUACUUACCUUUGCGCAUCUUCUCCCACUUGGCCAGCCUGCGGCGCCUCCAGCUCUCCAACAACUCCCUGGUGUCCAUUCACAACUCAACCUUCUCGGGCCUGGAGCGCCUGGAGGAGCUCGACCUCACCUUCAACGCGCUCAAGACGGUGUCCGAGGAGGGUCUGCAAGAGCUGGACUCCCUGCCCAGAACCAGGCUUCUGCUAGGGGAAAACCCGUUCACUUGCACCUGCGGCAUCGAACCCUUUGCCCUGUGGCUCAACAGAUCACAGAGACGAGUUAGGGAUGCUGACAGCCUGGUGUGCGCCUUCCCGGCCGCCAUGAGGAACACGUCGCUACUGGCCCUGGGCAAGCUGACUCUAGGAUGCCACCAGAGGGCUGCAGGCGCAGACCUUGCCUUGCAAACCUCUUACGUCUUCUUGGGUAUAGUCCUUGGCUUUGUGGGUCUCGUCUUCCUCUUUGUGCUUUACCUCAACCGCAAGGGCAUCAAGAAGCGAAUCUAUGACAUGCGGGACGCCUGCAGGGAGGUGUGGGAAGGCUACCACUAUCGCUACGAGAUCGACUCUGACCCCAGGUUAUCACAGGUUUCCACAAGCGCCGAUGUGUGAGAGGACAUCACAUCUUCUUUCUUACAAAGACCCUGACUUUUUUUUAAAAUCCAUUUAUCAGUAGAAGAAUGUAAAAAUUGUACAUAUUUGUCUGUAAAUACAUACAGUACUGUUAAUAACAUUUUGCUGAUUAAAGCAUGCACUGCCUGACUUUUCCCUGUAGGAACCGGUACGUUCUCAAACACCAACCAACAAUGUCCUCUUGAAUUUGUCUCUCUCCUCGAGUCAAAGAGACAUGAAUGUUGGGAGGUGAGUUGUUAUGCAGAAGAACGUCCAACCUCAUGUGUUUCUAUACCUUUCCUCUAUUCUUGCCUGUUCUUUUUGUCCAAAUUAGAGCAGCAGUAAGUGCCUUUGUUGGUUGGUCACAAAGGAGUGAGGUAGAUGUCGGACUAUUAUAUUGUCAGCUCACUGAUUACAUAAUUGUGAAUGCCAGAGAAACUUAAAAUUGAGUUUAAGUAAUGGAACUGAAAUGAACACAGCUGACUUUUUACAUGACACAUUUUCACACCGUUUUUUUUCUCAGUCAGAUCUUGAAUUCCUGUCAAGCUUGUGUAAAACCACAAAAAGUCCAUCAAUAAAAUACUGAUAUUAUGAAACCAAACCUCUGGGAAUUUAAAGCACAAUCUCUUAUUCAUCUGCGAGGCAUUUUGAGCAGGACAAGCCCUUUGGACUUCUGUCCUCAGGGUGCCAGAGAGGAAUUAAGUCUCCAAAGGGGAGGAAAACUUUUCCCUAAGCCCUCCUAAAAUCAGCACUCUGCUCCUCCUUGGCUAUGGAUUGGAAAGGGACAAUUCAGCACAGACCAGCGGAAAUCUCUUGGCCCCUUUUUUUUCAUGAAAUGUUGCUUUGUUUUAACUCCUCGAGUUUUAUUGUCAAAAUGAUGAGAACCAGUCCCGGGCUGAGGCCGCUGAAAGCAAUCCCUCCUCCUUGAAGACAACAGCCGCUCUGUAGGCUCUUUGAAGGAAAGCCUGGCUCUCCACAUUUUUCUGUUUAGGGGACUUUUCCCAGUGAUAAGAUACAGAUGAUUCUCAAACACCAGCUACAAAGUUCCAUUUAAUGAUUCACUUUUACCAAUAAAGGAACUAUGAAACUUAUGAAACACCGUGGAGGAAUAUGUUUUUACUCUGUCCGGAUUAAUUUGUUCCUUUUUACAACUGGGCAUAUGCUAACCGAUGUUUUGGUUGGAGUUAAUCAGGAUUUGUAACUGUCAUUUCAUUUAAAAAAAAAAUCCACUAGAAUCUAGAAAUGCAUGUUUAAAUUGAAUCUACAACAGCCCUCUGACUGAACUGUAAAAGAUCACAAGGUGACAGAAUGUAAAGCUUUAUAAAGGUGCCGUCCCCUUGA